CUAUAGGGCAACUAGAAUCUCAGGGUUUGUCCAUGCAAAGCCCUGAGCUUUUCUACACAUCUUGGAAGCUGUAAAGAUCUUGCUUUUUUUUUUUCUUCUUCUUCUUCUUCUUCCCCAAACGAAGAGAGAGAGAGAGGGAGGGAGAGAGAAUUUGAGCAGCCGUAACCGAAAGCUACACUGGUUUAACCCUCUCCUUUGGCUUUAUUACAGGAUUUUUCUUUUUUUUUUCCUCCACGCACACUCACACACUUCUAUCUAUCUAUCCCUUUACCAUUUUUUUUAAAGGAAGAGGGUGGCAUCCCCUUGCUUAUUGAUUGCUUUGGUGCUGGAUGUGAAAAUAUAUUAUGUCUGCCUGUGCUUUGCUCGUCAGAGACUAAGGUCAGCUUCCAAUAGACAACUGGAAACGGAUUGUCACGUGACCUUGGGGUGCCAAUGUUCUUCCGUAAGGGUCUCAAGACCCUGGUAGUCGGUAAAAAUAUUUGUUGGGAAUCCCAGAGAUGCAGAAAACAACAUACUACGACAGUUCCACACUGUUUGGAGGCUAUUCCUACCAGGGUGCUAAUGGGUUUGGUUAUGAUGCCCCUCAACAGUCUUUCCAGCCUUCUUCUCACGUGGAGAAUGACUACCAGAGGUCUGCCUGCUCCCUCCAAUCUCUUGGCAACACUGCCCCACAUUCAAAAAGUAAAGACCUGAAUGGAAGCUGCAUGCGUCCAAGUUUGCCCCGGGAGAAUCAUCAAGCCCCACCUGUCUCACCACCCCCAAACUCUGUCACCAACAGCAACAGUAGCAACAGCAAUAGCCAGUCAGGGAGCAGUAAAACUGCCCCCAGCAAAUCCAAUCUCAGUUCAAACGCAACUCUCACCAAACAGAUUUUCCCCUGGAUGAAAGAAUCGAGGCAAAACUCCAAACAGAAAAACAGCUCCCCUACCACAGAAAGCUGCAGCGGCGAGAGAAGCCCUCCAGGGUCUUCUGCCUCCAAACGAGCCCGCACUGCCUACACCAGCGCGCAGCUGGUGGAGCUGGAGAAGGAAUUCCACUUCAACCGCUACCUUUGCAGGCCACGCCGGGUGGAGAUGGCCAAUCUGCUCAACCUCAGCGAAAGGCAGAUCAAGAUCUGGUUCCAGAACCGGAGGAUGAAGUAUAAAAAAGAUCAGAAGUCGAAAGGCCUGGGGUCUUCUUCGGGGGGGCCCUCCCCAACGGGCAGCCCGCCCCAGUCCAUGCAGUCCUCAGCAGGAUUUAUGAAUGCCUUGCACACCAUGACUAGUAACUACGAUGACCCAUCGCCUCCUUCCUUCAAUAAGCCCCACCAGAAUGCCUAUGCCAUGUCCACUAACUACCAAAACCCCAUCAAAGGGUGCCCCUCGCAACAGAAGUAUGCCAACACCGCGCCGGAGUACGAUCCCCACAUAUUACAGGGCAAUGGGAGCACAUAUGGGACUCCCAAUAUGCCAGGCAGCCCUGUAUACGUUGGAAGCAGCUAUGUGGAUUCUUUGCCUGCUUCGGGACCCUCCCUUUACGGCCUCAAUCACCUGCCACACCACCACUCUGCCAGCAUGGACUACAACGGGGCUCCACAGAUGCCAACCAGCCAGCACCAUGGACCAUGUGAGACCCACCCGACCUACACAGACCUUUCCACGCACCACGCCUCUUCUCAGGGCCGAAUCCAAGAGGCGCCCAAACUCACCCACCUGUGAUAGGGUGGGGGCAGGGAGGAGUGGGGGCAGGGCAGGACAGACUCGUGAGGAUGUGGUGGAGCACUGAAGUGGGGUAGUGAAUCCGCAGUGGGAUUUGGUUCAGAAACAUUUGUGUUGAGCCCUUAAGAUAUUUGUUUGGUGGCCUGUCUUGUUAGCCCUUCAAGUGGAGAAAUUUCUGGCUUUUCCUGGUUUUAUUAAGCCCAUUAGGCACAACUUCUGAUGAUUAAUUCUAUUUAUUUGCAAGAUCAAUCUAUCUAUCUAUCUAUCUAUCCCCAUGCACACCUCACUAUCUAAUCUAAUCUACCUACCUAUCUAAACGCUAGAUAGAUAUACCUUCUAAUGCUUCAACACAAAUGCUUUUGAAUAUAUUUGGGGUAGUUUUAUGGAAAUCUAGCAAGAUACAAAACCAAAACAACCUGAUAUAUUUAAAGAAGAUACAAAUAAGUACAAAGAUUCCUCGGGCAUUGAUAAUGGCAGCAUACUGUCAACCCACCAAAUCUAUACAAUUGGCCUAUUAAGAACAGGUACAUUUUUUUAAAUCUAAACAGAUUCACAGAAAACUACACCCUCCAAAUCUCCCCCCAAAGAAUCUUACCUUUUCCUUUCCAGUCUAACUCUUGAGAUGAAGAACAUCUUUUUUUUGCUGAGUAAUUCCUCCCCUACCCUAUCAGCUGAAAAUAUACAUAUCUGCCAACAUUUGGAAAUCUAACCUUUCUUCCUCCUCCUCUUCACACGGUCCUCAAAUAGGUUUAAGAGCUGCAAAGGUUCUGGAAAUAAAUUUCUGCAACAAAGCUGAUUUUUUAUAUAUAUAUAUUUUUAAAGAGGCCAAAGAGAGGAAGAUAAAGUUGACAGGUCUGGAUAUUUUUAACCUUUGCCUCUUAUGGAGUGAAGUCUCCAUUCGGUUACACGGUUUUUGGUUUAGGGUUCAUGAACAAAAAAGCAAUCUUGAGACUUAGAAAUCCUACAUUUUGUUCCUCCUUCUCUCUUGACUUAACGUGAAAACAGGGUAUUUUUGAACAAACGGUAUGUCCUCCAAAAGAAGCAGAAGUGAAUGGACCUUUGGUAUUUGCUAAUGCUUUCUUGUCUGGACAUCUUUGUUGCACUUAGAGUUUACAUUGAAUGGGUAAUAAAACAACUUUGAAGGGCGCUCGUCCACUAAAUCCUGACGUCUUUCAAAAGCUGUGUGUUCUGGUGAACAUUCAUAUAUAUUUAUUGGUUAUAGCCAGUUUAAAAUAUUUUUCCUUUUUUUGGUAUUAUUUAUCCCCCACAUCAUGUAUUUAUAUGAGAAAAAGAAUCAAAUUGUACUUUUUUAGUAUUGACUUGUUAUAAAGGACAUUGUGUUUCCUUGUCAUUGUACAACAAGCUUAUUUUAGUUAUUGUAAUUUAGAAAGACCAGUAGUUUUAUGUUACCCUCGUACUUAUGAAUAAUGUAAUUAGUUCUACUGGAGGCAUGAGAGCAGAUCCAGACUGUAAUUGUAUAGUCCUGAAUUAGAAGAACUAUAGCUAAUCCCCCUCCCACGUCACCCCUCCUCUUUGGAGAUCUUUCUUUGUUCCUAUAGUAGUUAUUUUAUUUCCUUGCCUAAGGGUUGUCUGUUGAACAAUUCUUGAAUAAACUUUCUGUUAUCA